UGUUUGAAUUUUAUAUAAAAUCACGGAUAUAAUAUUGCAAAAAAAUUAAACCUUCAUGUUAUUGUAAGCACUGUGCUUUACUUCAAUAAAUUAUUGUACGUUUUAUAUAUACAAUGAAAAUUGCUGUAGAAGGUUGUGCUCAUGGAGAGCUAGAAAAAAUAUACGAAUGCAUAGAAACUUUACAACACAGGGAGAAUAUUAAAAUUGAUUUACUUAUAUGUUGUGGAGAUUUUCAGUCCGUUCGUAAUUAUCAAGACUUGAGGGCUAUGGCGGUGCCUGAAAAAUAUCUAAAUAUGUGCACAUUUCACAAGUAUUACAGUGGAGAAAAAAGAGCACCAAUAUUGACUAUUUUCAUUGGUGGCAACCAUGAAGCAUCAAAUUAUUUGCAAGAACUUCCAUAUGGGGGGUGGGUGGCACCUAACAUUUAUUAUCUUGGCAGAGCUGGUGUCGUCAUGUUUGGAAAUUUAAGAAUUGGAGGUUUAUCUGGCAUAUUUAAGGGACAUGACUAUCUACAAGGGUUGUGGGAAUGCCCGCCAUAUUCCCAGAGUUCUCUACGGUCAGUUUAUCAUGUAAGAUCAAUUGAUGUAUUCAGAUUGAGUCAACUCCAAGAAAAAGUGCAUGUUAUGUUAUCUCAUGAUUGGCCAAGAGGCAUUACAAAUUUUGGUGAUGUUGAGCAUUUAUUGAGAAGGAAACAAUUUUUAAGGGAAGAUAUUGAAUCAAAUCAGUUGGGUAGUGUACCAGCAGAGACUUUACUGCACACACUGAAACCAGAUUAUUGGUUUGCAGCUCAUCUACACUGUCAAUUUGCAGCACUUGUUAAACAUGAGGAUGACACAGAAACUAAAUUUCUUGCAUUAGACAAAUGUUUACCAAAACGGAGGCAUUUGCAAAUAUUGGACAUCCCUGAAAAAUAUGAUGGUGACAAGAUCCUCAAACUAGAUGUAGAAUGGCUAACUGUAUUAAAAAAUACAAACCAUCUCUUGAGUGUCAAAAACAUGGAUUGUCAUAUGCCUGGACCAGGAGGGAAUGAAAGGUAUGAUUUUACACCAACAGUAGAGGAGAAAAGUCAGAUUUUGAAUUUAUUGCAAGACUUAACUAUUAAAGAAGGUAGUUUUGUUAGGACUGCACCCAUUUAUGAUUCCAAAGCUCCAAAAUGUGCACCAAAUAAUCCAAUAAUGAAUCCACAAACAGUAAAUCUCUGUGAAAAAUUGGGAAUAGAUGAUCCCCUGCAAGUGGUGAUGGCUCGAUCUGGUAGGGCCCUUACAGAGCCAUCAUCUAAUGAUAACAAUGUUACAUCCACUAGUGAGCUAGUCACAAGUACUAUGUCUCUUGCAGACCACACUCCAAUGAAGUCUAAGUUAUUGUUGCCACCACCCAGUACACCCAAUGAAUGUGAUAGUGAAGAUUCUUUAAAAAAAUCAAAGUGUUCUACAGAAAGCACAUUUAUUUCCAUAGACAAUAUGGAAUCUACUAAUGACUGUUCUACUCCUACCUCAGAGGGCACAAAGAAAACCUUUAAAAGACGAAAUCUAUCAAUUUAUAAUACACCUGAUGUAGAAGAUUCUAUAAGUGACACAUCUAGUGGUCUGGUAGAUGCUGAAAGCCCUCGGUCAAGUAAAUUACCAUUUAGGACCAAUAUAUUAUAGUGAUAUUUAGUUACUUAGUGCUAUAUAAAAAAUAGACAUAAUCACAAUUUUAUAUUGUAUAUUUUUUUUAGGAUGGUAAUAGUUGACAAUUUAAUUAAUAUCAAUAUAUUCACAGACUGCAGUCUCAGGUGAAAGGAAAAUUAAUUUACAUUUUGAUUAUGAAUUUCAGACAGAAAUUGGUAUUUAUAUAUUCAUAUACAAGAUAUGAAAUUGAUUGUUUGAAGUUUAUACACUGCAUAUUCUAUGUAUCUUGUUGGAUAGCUGAUUCAUUCAGAAAUGCACAUUUAUCAAGGAAAUUUUUUAAAUAGGUCUAGAGGUUGGAAAGUGAGCCAGUUGUUUUUAUUUUAAAAUGACAAUAAUUUUGUAUUAUGGCAUAAUAAUAUACAUUAAAUGUAUAUUUUUUUAUAUAUUAAACUAAACAAUUUUCGAUUAUAUCAAAUAUCACAAUGAAUAGAGUUUAGUGACACUGAAAGUUAUAUACUUAGUGUAACUAAUAAUAUAGACAAUUACUUUAGUCAAUUUUAAUUGUAAAUGUAAUGAUAAAUAUGCAUAAAGAGAUUUAUAUAAAUGUAGGAUAAUUGGUCACAUUUUUUGACGUUAAUUAAAGUAAUUUUUUUACACACACACUUUUUUACCUACGUCAUUAUACUCCAAAUCACAUUAUGUAACAUAAUUUACAUUAUUUACAACAUAUUACAUUUAGUUGAGCAGAAAAGAGCUGACAAUUAUGAACACAUGAUUUUUAUAUUACUAUAAUAAUAAUAACAUUCAGUGAUUAUUUUCAACCCAAGUUUAUUCCGAAGCUUUACAAGCUUGCCAUUUUGGUUGGUUUAGUUUUUAUACGAGUGUUCAAAUGAAAUAUCUAAUUAAAUCAUAUUUAAAUUAUUGUUGUUGUAUAUACACUGUUGCUAUGUCUACUCUUACUUGGCUCCAAACGUCAGCUAACUUUUAUGGAUAAAGUCCGAGCAGAAGUAGGCAAAAAGAAAUAUCAAUAUUUAAAGUGUAAGUAAUGUCCUAUUUCUUAAUCUAAGAUUUUUUAUGUUAUGAGAAACCACUUUGUAAAGCAGAUAUAGAUUAAUAUUAUUCGAGUUUUCUAAAUAUCUUAAUAUAUUAGGACUGCUCUCAUAUUAGCAAUAAAAAAUAUAAAUUACCAAAGUCCAACAAUUAUCGCGUUACCUGUUUUUUUAAAAAUAAAUGUACAUUUUUGUUAUACAUUUAUAUUGUCUCUUUGUUUUAUACUACAGCGAUAUAAAUAAUUUUCAACAUUUCUAAAUUAUCACUCGGUCAAGUGUUCUCUCUAUAGUGAAUUAAAAUAUUAUAAUGUUUGGUUCAUAUAUCUG